AUGGUAUCUCUUCAGCCAGUUCAAAAUCUACCUGAAACGUCUCAAACUCUCUUAAAGUAUGAGAAAAAACCUGGUCAAGUGAAAACGUUUCUUGCUCAUACGGACAAUAACUUCAUCUGGCCCUCUUCAAUGCCAGAACAUAUGAGAAGACAUUGUUUCUUCAAGAUCACUGAUUACCAGUCUAAUAUUGAUGAUGUUCAAAUUGGGUGCAACACCAUAUUUUUUUACAACGUACUUGAUAAAGGGGGAUUUUUAGGACACGAAAAUGAUUGGGUGACGGUAUACAACCAGAAAAUAAUAGAAUAUGGGGAAAAGUAUAGUGAUUAUGAAUUUAUGCAAAUUUUCGAAAAGAUGCCUGGUGUCGUACAACUUCCGGUUAAUCAGGAAAAUCUCCCACGUAGUGAAAGAAGAAGAAUGGUCAAAGCUUGUGUCAAAAGACCUGGAGAACCUGGACUGUUUGCUCAAAUUGAUUAUGACUUUUAUGAUAUUGAUAACAACAAUAAAAGAUAUCAAUGUGUAAUAGAUACUGAUGCUAUAGCAAGCUCAGGUUAUGGGGAAGGCGCAUUGAAAUACCAUUCAUAUAAAAUGUUUGAAAUCUGGAUUGGCGAUGAUCAUAAUUGGUCAAAAUGGGUUCAGACGAAGAUUGCAGUUUGGGAAGCAGAUUCUGGCGAUCAAGUAGAAGAUAUACUGAUCGGCAACAAUAUUACCGAUCAACUUGCAUAUGUUUAUAAGCCUAAAAGUCCAUUAAAAUUUUUGGAUGGUGUUAUGAAAUCUGAACUUGCCUUACUUAAAGAAAAAAAUGCCAGAUUUAUGGCAAAAAUAACUGGGUUCAAGUUUGAUAAAACCGAGCUUAUAAAAAGAGUCAUAAAAUUGGAAGAGAAGCAGUUGAAAAACGUAGUAAUAAAAAACUUAUUACAUGCGUCAUGCGUAAACACCUUUGGCUAA